GGUGACCUGAUGUCUGCAGAGAGCAUGCUCAGUCUGAGAGGAAGCACCACCAGCCUGAGGAAGAGUCAGUGGUCUCUGAAAGGGCUGUCAAUCGACCUCGAUGACCUUCAACCCGUCGUCUGAGAUCCUGGCCAUCGCCUCCCGAGACGAGGACGAGGCUGUGCGCCUGGUCCACAUGUCCAGCCUCAGCGUCUUCUCUAACUUCCCCGUCUCCAAGAGGAAGAGUAUUUAUCGAACCAGCUGCCUGGACUUCUCCCCUCACAGCGGCUUCUUCUCAUUGGCCAACAACAAAGGACACGCCCCUCUGUACAGGUUGCUCCACUACAAGGACUUCUGAGGACCUGGUUCACAUGAGCCCGGUUCUUUCUGGUCCCAACUAGAACCUGGUGGGUCAGGAGCCAGACCCUAGACCUCAACGAGUCCUGGUGGAGAUGAAAACAUGAACAUGUUUGAUUUAUAUUGUUUGUAUGAAGAUAUUCUAUAAAAGAACUAAAACUA